AUGGAGCCGCCGCGGAGCCUCCCGGGGCUGGAGCGGGAGCGCGGCGCGCUGGACGCGGCCGGAGGGUGCCCGUCCCCGCUGGACGCCAAGGCCGUGCCCGGCAGGAAGGUCUGGGUCAAGCUGCGGGCGCUAGGGCCCGGGGUGUCCCCAACUCUUGUCGCCGGGGGGGGCUCCCGGGGGGUGCCACCCCCUCACCUGUGUCGUGGGGAGCUCACGUGUCCCCGCGCCCACCUGCGGCACCUGGACUCGGGCGAGCUGAACGUGGAGGAGCUGAAGAGAAAUUUGGAAUACGCGGCCUCGCUGCUCGAGGCUGUCUGCAUCGAUGAGACCAGGCAGGUGCUGGACACGGAGGACGAGCUGCGGGACAUGGGCUCGGACGCGGCCGUGCCCUCCGAGGUGCGGGACUGGCUGGCGGCCACCUUCACGCAGCAGGCGCGGGCCAAGGGCCGCCGGGCCGAGGAGAAACCCAAAUUCCGCAGCAUCGUGCACGCCGUGCAGGCCGGGAUCUUCGUGGAGAGGAUGUUCCGCCGGAUGUACACGGCCGUGGGGCCGAGCUACUCCUCCUCCGUCCUCAACUGCCUGAAGGGGCUGGACCAGUGGUGCUUCGAUGUUUUCUCGCUGCACCGCGCGGCCGAGGAGCACUCGCUGCGCACCGUGGUCUUCGAGCUCUUCACCCGCCACAACCUCAACAGCCGCUUCAAGAUUCCCGGCGCGUUCCUGACGUCGCUGCUGGAGGCGCUGGAAUCCGGCUACGGAAAGUUCCGGAACCCGUACCACAACCAGGUGCACGCGGCCGAUGUCACACAGACCGUGCACUGCUUCCUGCUGCGCACCGGCAUGCUGCACUGCCUGUCCGAGAUCGAGCUCCUGGCCAUCGUCUUCGCCGCCGCCAUCCACGACUUCGAGCACACGGGGACAACCAACAGCUUCCACAUCCAGACCAAGUCGGACACCGCCAUCCUGUACAACGACCGCUCGGUGCUGGAGAACCACCACAUCAGCGCCGUGUUCCGCCUGAUGCAGGACGAGGAGCUCAACAUCUUCGUCAACCUCACCAAGGACGAGUUCGCGGAGCUGCGGGCCCUGGUCAUCGACAUGGUCCUGGCCACCGACAUGUCCUGCCACUUCCAGCAGGUCAAGUCCAUGAAGACGGCGCUGCAGCAGCUGGAGAGGCUGGACAAGUCCAAGGUGCUGUCGCUGCUGCUGCACGCGGCCGACAUCAGCCACCCCACCAAGCAGUGGGCGGUUCACAGCCGCUGGACCAAGGCGCUCAUGGAGGAGUUCUUCCGGCAGGGGGACAAGGAGGCCGAGCUGGGGCUGCCCUUCUCGCCCCUCUGCGACCGCACCUCCACGCUGGUGGCCCAGUCGCAGAUCGGGUUCAUCGACUUCAUCGUGGAGCCCACGUUCUCGGUGCUCACCGACGUGGCCGAGAAGUUGGUGACGCCUCUGGCCGAGGACGGCUCCAAGGCCAAGGGCAACCCCGCGACCCCCCAGCAGCCCAGCUCGCAGUGGCGGCAGCCGUCCCUGGAUGAGCACCUGGAGCUGGGGGACAUCAAAGCCGACCUGGCCGGGUUCCGCUCCACCUGGACCAAGCACAUCCAGGAGAACAAGCAGAAGUGGAAGGAGAGGGCGGCCAGCGGCAUCACCAACCAGGCGUCCAUCGAUGAGCUGUCGCCGUGCGAGGAGCCCGCGGCCCCCGGCGCGCACAGGGAGAACGGGGACGUGGAAUAG